AUGAGCAAGAAGGAAAAACUUUUGAGGAAGUAUCUUGAGAAGAAGCAGAAGCAGAAAAGCAGAGACGAGCUGUAUGAGGAAAUAUCGAAGUUUGUGAGGCCGCAUGCAACUGAUGACGCAUGCAAAGCAAAGAAAAAAAGACGAGCAGAGGCCGUUGGUGCAGAUAAGCUGAGUGUUGAAUGCAGGGCAUAUGCUGAGGAAGAUAUCGGAAGUAUUGAUGUGAAUGGUGAGAUUGGCUAUGCGGCAGCAAAUAUACUGUCGCAGUGUGAUGCAAUUAGCUAUGCAAAUGAAGAAUAUGUAAACAGUGGCGAUAGCGUAUGCAAGGAGUAUGAUGAUGGAUGCGAUGAGUGUGGAAGUGAAGACGCUGUGGGCAGCAUAGUGCCCAGAUAUUCUCUCCUUGUGGAUGAAUUAAAUAGCAAACAAGACGACGGAGCAUUGCAUUCAUGCGUAGACAGUUGUGGUGAAAUAGAUGUCGAAGAGGUGGAGAAUAGAACUAAAAACUCAGUAAGUGUUUCAAAUGAGGCAGCACAUGCAAUACCAAAAGAGUAUGAAACAAGAGUGUUUGCACAAAGAAAGCCAGAGAUUGAAGAGAGCAGAAAGAAGCUUCCGAUAUAUUAUGAGAAGGCAGAGGUUAUUCAUGCAGUUCGAGGAUCUUCGAUUGUGUUUGUACAGGGUGCAACUGGAUGUGGAAAGACGACUCAGAUUCCUCAGUUUCUUUAUGAGGGAGGAUUUGCAAUUCGCGGUGUUAUAGGAAUUACACAACCUAGAAGGGUGUCUGCAACAUCUAUAUGCAGCAGGAUCAACGAGGAAAUCAAUGAGGAGUUGUGUGGAUACAAGAUAAGAUAUGAGUCUACUGUUACAUCAGAUACACGGAUCAAGGUGAUGACGGAUGGAGUGCUGAUAAAGGAGAUGCAGGAGGACUUUAUGCUGCAAAACUAUUCUGUGAUAAUCAUUGACGAAAUACAUGAAAGAAGCAUCAAUAUUGACAUGCUACUUGCGAUUCUCCCCAGAGUUGUGAGGAUGAGGAAGCAAAUGGGGACUGAGCUGAAGCUUGUGCUGAUGAGUGCCACGGGGGAUGUUGAUGAGUUCAAGAGAAUUUUCGGAGAGAUGACUGUCCUGAAGUGUCCUGAGCAGAGCUUCCAGUUAAGUGUUUUCUACGAAGAAAGGACUGAUGAGGACUAUCUGAGCAUGGCGUAUGAAAGAAUAAAGAGGAUUGUGCUGAGUGGAGAUGCUUCAAGAAGACGCAAGAAUGGAGUUGGAGCGAGCAGGGGUGAUGUGAUUGGAUCUAAUGUGCAGAAUGACAGAGAUGCAGCCAUUCUUGUUUUCCUUACGUGUAAGCAAGAGAUAUACGACUUAAAGAACAGGCUCGAGUGUUCUGGAAUGGACAUAACCGUGCUUCCACUACACUCAUCGCUCUCGAAGGAAGAGCAGAGCUUGGUGUUUGGAAAGACCGAGCAUAGAAAGGUUAUUCUAGCAACGAACAUUGCAGAAACGAGCAUUACGAUUCCAGAUGUUGUUUUUGUAGUGGACUCUGGAAAGGUGAAGAGCAAGGUGAUGGACUCCGAGGGGUUUGCAAGGUACUCGAUAGACUUCAUAACAAAGUCUAGUGCUGCACAGAGGAUGGGAAGAGCAGGGCGCACAGGGCCUGGAGUGUGCUAUAGGCUGUAUAGUGGGGAAGCAUAUGAGAAGUUCUAUGAGUUUGGAGUGCCACAAAUACUGAGGUCGCCUCUUGAUGAUGUAAUGCUACUUAUUCUAUCGUUGGGGAUCCGGAAUGUGCAUGAGUUCCCGUUUGUAUCGAGGCCGAGUGCAAAGUCUAUAGACGAGGCAAUGAUGCAUCUGAAGAGCCUGGGCGCGGUGGAUGGCUCAUCAAGGCUCACAGAGAUGGGAAAGGCGAUGUCUGGAUAUCCUGUUGAGUCAAGACUGGCAAGACUGCUUUGUGUGCAUGGAUGCGAAGGCAUACUUGUCGAGCUUGUGUGCAUAGUGAGCCUGAUUUCAUCUGGAAUUGAUGUGCGGAGAACACGGGAGAGCCAGAUGUAUUUUGAAAGCAGUAGAAGUGAUUUCAUGGUGCAAUUGGCGAUUCUGAGAGACUUUCUGAGGAGCAAUGCUAGAAAAGCAUUCUGUUCGCGCCUUGGGCUGAACUACACAUCAAUGAUGGAGGUGAUGAAGAUGAGCAAGCGGAUACUGGCAAUGAAAGGGCAUUUGAGCAGCCUAUGCAUUGAUAUCUUGCCUGAUAGAUGCUCUAGGAUUUGCAACAUUAUAUAUCGUGCAUUUGCAGAUCGCCUCGCAGUUCCAUCGCUUGGCUCGUACUUCUUUCGUGGCGAGGAGGUUUUUAUAUCGAAGGAUAGUGUUUUGGCAGAACCGAACUGCUAUAUUGUCUUUGAGAGUCUAGUAUACAGCGGUGGCAGGUUGUAUAUGAGGAACAUUACUAUUUUGGAUCACGAGUGGCUGUAG